UUAUACAACGUGAUUGCGUGUUGCAAGCGUAUCACGGGACGCACUGUUUGCGACCUCUGGACAACGUGUGUGUUGUUGCGAAAGCUUUUAUCUGUACCCGUUGUAGGCGUCAUCGUACUCGAGAUCUAUACACUGACCUAGCUCAGCUUCAUUUGGUUAGCGUGAACCUUCUCCUGCUAUGACGUCCGGUAACACAUUUUUAUUUUGCCUAGUGCUGAGUUUUCUUCAACGUUUCGCUGGGGGAUCAGAAUGUUCAGGAAACCUGACCGCUACCACAAAUGACAAAACCCUGACGUCACCGAAUUAUCCAAAACCAUACUCCAGUAAUCUCCAUUGUGUGUGGACAAUCACAGCUGCGCAGAGCAACCACACGGUCAUAAUACAGAUAUCAUCUUCUGAUAUUCAAGCAAGCGACGAUUGCAAUGCUGACUCAGUGACAGUUUACAAUGGAAACGCUCCAAUAGCAUCCCAAGUACUUGGCACCUUCUGCAAGACCUUCACUCCAAAGUACCAGAGUGGUUUAAAUCAGGCGCUCGUUGUGUUUAAAACAGACGAGUCUAUUGUUAAGAAGGGAUUUCGAUUGACCUACAGAUCGGUUCCACAAUCCGAAUGCUUUCCUCAACGAAUUGCCGAUGGCAUCAUGCCAUAUUACAUCGUUUCACCAGGCUACCCGAAUGCUUACUUCAACAACUUAAACUGCAACUGGGAGAUUCUAACACUGUUGGACGGCAUUGAACUGGAUGUUGUGUCAUCAGAUGUAGAAGGCCCUUAUCCUGCUUGUGGACAUGACGUUGUUACUGUCUACUCAGAAUUUAGAGUUCCCACAGACCAUCAGCUGGGUCAAUUCUGUGGUAGCACAAGCAACACAACCACGUUUGUUACACCUACGCCUGGCAUGACGGUAAACUUCACAACGAACAGUGCUGUAGUAAAACGUGGCUUCAGGCUGCGCUACCAGAGCUUCUCGGGGACAGGACCAACGACACCACCGCCGCCGCCGCUUCCCUGCGGCAACUCUAGCUACACCGUCGCUACAACUUCAACAAAACAUUUUCUGAUAUCCCCAGGAUACCCUCACGGCUACAGCGGGAGAGAGAACUGUUCCUACACCAUCAUCGGGCCACCCAACACCAUGAUCCACGUCAAGGUUACAGAUUCUAGCCUUUCAUCGGGGUCGUUGUGUGAAGGAGUCUACGUAAAGGCUUAUGAUGGGGACACGUUGGUGACAGUGUGGUGCUCCAAGCAAAGACCGGAAUUCCAGACACAAAACAAUGAACUGAACUUGAGAUUCGCGACAGAUGGCUCAACACCGUAUAAAGGCUUUAAUCUUACAUACUUUGCCACAUCAGAUCCGUACAAAUGCGAAAAUCAGUUAGUAGCUACAAGGGCGAUACAACUUUUCUCAUCACCAAAUUUCCCGCUUCAGUAUCAGAACAACGAGGACUGCAUCUGGGCGAUAUCAACAUCUGAGAAAAACAUAAAGCUUACCGUUGAGCUUUUGAGGCUGCAGGGAGGAACUGGUUGCCCAUAUGAUUAUGUAGCAAUUUAUGAUGGUUCCACGACUUCGAGCCUGGUCAUUGGCAGACUCUGUUUCAUGGAUACACCAACUCUAACAAGCUCCGGAUCAGAUGUUCUUGUGCGUUUCCACUCCGACGAUUCCCUUUCUUUUACCGGAUUUCAGAUGAGCUACACUGGUGGAAGUUACUCAAUCUGUGGCGACAACAACCUCAUCGCUCCAAUCUUCGGUGCCAGUCAUAUCAAAUCGCCAAGAUAUCCAAAUAAUUACCCAAGCUAUACAGAUUGUGUAUGGGUAAUCCACACUGUCAACGAAGAUUUUGUUAUAACCCUUGGCGCUCAAAACUCCUCUAUUGAGUACAGCAACGGUUGUAUCAAAGAUUAUGUGGAAGUCUUCGAUGGUGCAAGUACUUCGUCACCAUCACUGGGGAAAUUUUGCGGGACUCAGAAACCACUGUAUCAAAGCUCUGGAAGCUAUAUGACAGUAAAGUUCCAUUCGAAUGGUGUCAGCAAUGACAAGGGAUUCUACAUAUUAUACAGUGCUUAUCCAUCAUCCUCGUCAUCAAACAUAGGAGUAAUAGCUGGUGGGAGUGUCGGCGGAGUGGUCUUCCUGGUUGGUGUGGUCGCCGGUGGGUGUUUCUUCAGACGGAGAAGACUGAGACUGAUGCCACAAAGACUUGUUGAAGAACGUUAGUUGCUAUUUAAACACAAUGCCAUUUAGAAAGUGGUCAAAUGUAACAUAUAAUAUAUUCGGGAUAACACUUUCUUAGUAAAGUAAAGAUUCUCGUACUUUUUUGGGUUGAGUCCCA